AUCAGCUAUCAGAUCUACAACACCGACAACUUCAACAACACCAAAGACACCCGAUUAUCUGGACCAAACAUGGGAUAACCCAUGCGGUGAUGGCUCAACGGUGCCACCUGUGCAGGCCUAUGACCCUAUAUGGAGCAAUAUUACAGCCCCGAAUAUAAGUGGGGAGUCUCACUUUAAGGAUAUAUACAAACAAGCUCAAAAAGGACGAACUAUGAUUGAUGCACUCAUAGACACUUUCGUGAAACAUUCACGAAUUACAACACGUAUCAUUGCAAGACAUGAAGGGUAUCUCCUUCGACAUAUGCCUGUCAUCUCAGUAGAAGAAAAAACACUAGUCAACAAAUCUUCAUCAGUAGCUACUCUAUUCAAAAUGCUGCGUGAACAUUUCGCUGUCGCUACUUUAUUCAUAAACCACAUGAUCAAAGAGGAGACGGUCAAAUCAUUCAUCCACACAAGUGCCAGUUUGCUAGAAGAAAUGGAACAAAUAAAAAUACACGCUUUAUUUGCGACAUUUUGUAACCUUCACAAAGCUAUGAUAUUUACGAAAGUGGAACAUUACUACGAGUUUCCAGAAAGAAGUACGAUUGAAGCCAGCUUAAAAACAGAGUUAGGAGAUGAUCAGAAUAGACAUGUACGAGACUUUAUGAUUCUAAGAGACUUCGAGAAAUUCUUGGAAUAUGUGGAAGUUAGCGUUUCACUACUGCCUGAACUACAAAAGUAGAAUGCACCAGUCAAAACUUAUCACAGGGUACUUGCCAAAUUAAGCGUGACAGUGACAGAACCCACGUGGUACGUUCCAACACAAGGGUGAUGAAAUGUGAGCAAACAGAUGUUUCCAUCGUUUCAGAAAGAUGUG